AUGCCUCCUUUCAACACCUCUCAUCCUUCUCCUGUCACCUUCUUGCUGAUGGGCAUCCCAGGACUAGAGCACCUGCAUGUCUGGAUUGGGAUUCCCUUCUGCUCCAUGUACGUGGUGGCUGUGGUGGGGAAUGUGAGCAUCCUGGCCGUGGUGAAGGCAGAGCGGAGUCUCCAUGAGCCUAUGUUCUUCUUUUUGUGCAUGCUCUCCGUCACUGACCUGGUCCUCUCCACAUCUACACUGCCUCGGAUGCUGUGUCUCUUCUGGCUUGGAGUCCAUGACAUUGCCUUUGAUGUCUGUCUAGCCCAAAUGUUUUUCAUUCAUAGUUUUACUGCUAUGGAAUCUGGCUUUUUCCUGGCCAUGGCCUUUGACCGUUAUGUGGCCAUUUGUCAUCCGCUGCACCAUACUACCAUUCUCACCCAUGCACGCAUCACCAUAAUGAGUAUUAUUGUGGUGAUUAGAGGUGUAGCCUUCUUUUCUCCACACCCCAUCCUGCUCAAACAACUUCCCUACUGCAGAUCACGAAUUAUUGCCCACACCUAUUGUGAGUUCAUGGCCGUGGUGAAGCUGGCAUGUAUGGACAUAGGGGCCACCAAGAGUUACAGCCUCAGUAUGGCUUCUAUCAUUGGCUCAUGUGAUGCAAUUCUCAUUGCUGUAUCCUAUGCCUUCAUCCUGCGCUCUGUAUUCCGCCUGCCAUCCCGAGAAGCUAGCUUUAAGGCUCUGGGCACAUGUGGGUCACAUGUCUGUGUUAUUCUUGUCUUCUAUUCCACAGCUGGUUUUUCCAUUUUCACUCACCGUUUUGGGAAAAAUGUGCCUGCACAUGUCCAUAUUUUUAUUGCAAAUAUGUACCUUUUGGUGCCCCCUUUUCUCAACCCUAUUGUAUAUGGAGUAAGGACCAAGAAAAUACGGGAACAUGUUAUUAGGACAUUAAUGGUCAAAGUUGCUUGA